GGAGACGUUGGUGGAAGUGGCAGCAGAGGAGAGAAACCCCAAUAGAUCACAUGGCCACAUCAAUGAGGAUGGAGGUGGACCGGAGUCAGAUAACUGAGAGGAUACUAAACCUCACCCUGGAGAUCAUCUACCUGCUGACCGGAGAGAGAUUUCCUCUUCCGAAGUCAGGUGAUCAUAUGACCAUCACAGUGCCUCCAUGUGACUCCCUAAACCCUGAGAGACACAACAUGCAGAAGAUUCUAGAAGUCACCAGAGAGAUCACUGAGCUGCUGACAGGAGAGGUUCCUAUAAGGUGUCAGGGUGUCACUGUCUAUUUCUCCAUGGAGGAGUGGGAGUAUUUAGAAGGACACAAGGAUCUCUACAAGGACGUCAUGAUGGACAAUCAGCCGCCCCUCACAUCACCGGAUGGAUCCAGUCAUGGGAACCCACCAGAGAGAUGUCCCCGUCCUCUGUAUUCCCAGGAUUCCACACAGGAAGGUCACACCAUCCCUCACCAUCAUCAGAGUGGAAACCUGAGUUAUUUUAAAGUUGAGGUUAAAGAAGGGAUAAAAGAGAAGGAUGGGAUGCUGGAUGAGUCAACGUUGAUUAAAGGACACAAGGAUCUGUACCAGGACACCAUGAAACCCACCAGAGAGAUGUCCCCAUCCUCUGUAUUCCCAGGAUUCCACACAGGAAGGUCACACCAUCCCUCACCAUCAUCAGGUAGAUGAUGACAAUUAUUGGAACCCACCAGAGAGAUGUCCCCGUCCUCUGUAUUCCCGGGAUUCCACACAGGAAGAUCACACCAUCCCUCACCAUUACAAGGGUGAAGAUCUGAUAAAUAUAAAAGUUGAGGUUAAAGCAGAAGAGGAGGAUGAGGAUGGGGUGAUGGAGAAGUCAGAGUUUCUAAAAGGACACAAAGAUCUGUACCAGGACACCAUGGUGGAGCCAUCCAGCUACAGGAACCCACCAGAAAGAUGUCCCCGUCCUCUGUAUUCCUGGGAUUCCACACAGGAAGAUCACACCAUUCCUCACAGUUACAAGGGUGAAGAUCUGAUCGAUAUAAAAGUUGAGGUUAAAUCAGAAGAAGAGGAGGCGUAUGUGAGGGAUGAUCAGCAGUCUAUGGAGGAGGAUGGAAUAACGGGGACAUUUAUAGAGGAGGACACUCCUACAGAGAUCAGCACA